CAGUUGACGAAUACAUAUCCCCAAUAACAAAAGUUGUCGGAAUAGGGUCCGGUUCAACUGUAGUUUAUGUAAUCGAACGUAUUCUCCAACGGGAAUUAAUAGUGCAAAAUGGACUGACUUUGGGUGAUGUCGACGCGUACCCCGAGAUUGAUGUGACCAUUGAUGGAGCAGAUGAGAAUUCAAAAGUUCUGGGAGAGAAAUGGAUACAGGGUGUGCCUAUUGAAGUCAUUCCAUUUGCGUAUACGCGCGUAAUUAUGGCGUUGAAAACGUUAGGAUGCGACAACCCUGUACUAAGAAUGGCUAUGGCUAAAGCUGGUCCA